UUUACCUGGUAUCCUUUGUUUUCUUUCAUCUGAGCAGGGCUUCCCGUUUCCAAACCUAAUGUGGUCUCCCCGCUGGAACAAGAUGAAGAGCCAUGGGUCCCAGAUCUCCAGGGUUCAGAUGAAAGAGAGAUCCUGAAAAGUCCCUGCAUAGCAGGUGAUGCAAUGGUGAGUGACAACGUGGAGCAGAAUUCGCAGCAGACAGAUGGUGAUCAAGUGGAACAAUGUGGAUUAUUAUCACAAAGAUCCAACGUGAAUAUAUCCAGGAGUCAUGAACAGGGAAAAGCCUGUGAGAGUCAGCAAAAAUCAGAGGGAGAGCAGAGAAACCAGGUAGGAGAAAAAAUGAGUAAAUCAGUUUACUGUCAUGGCUCUCGGAAGGACCUCAUGGACUCCACAACCCAACAGAAAAUUCUCUGGGGAAAGAGAAAAAAUACAUGCACUGAGAGUGGAAAAGGUUUCAUUCACAGCUCAACCUUUAUUAGGCAUCAGAGAAUUGACACAACUGAGAAACCCUAUGAGUGUGGUGAGUAUGAGAAAAACUUAACUGAAAGCUCAUCCCUGAUCUAUCAUCAGAGAAUACAUAUGGGGGAGAGAACCUAUGAAUGUUGUGAGUGUGGAAAACGCUUCACGCACAACUCAACCCUUAUUAGGCAUCAGAGAAUCCACACAGGUGAGAAACUCUCUGAAUGCUGUGAGUGUGGAAAAAAGUUCACUGAUUGCUCAGCCCUUAUUACGCAUCAGAGAAUCCACACAGGAGAGAGACCCUAUGAAUGCUGUGAGUGUGGAAAACGCUUCACUCACAGCUCAGCCCUUAAUACUCAUCAAAGAAUCCACACAGGAGAGAGACCUUAUGAAUGUUGUGAGUGUGGAAAACGCUUCACUCACAGCUCAACCCUUACUACUCACCAGAGAAUCCAUACAGGAGAGAGACCCUAUGAAUGCUGUGAGUGUGGAAAACGUUUCACUUACAGUUCAGCACUUAUUAGGCAUCAGAGAAUCCACACAGGUGAGAAACUUUAUGAAUGCUGUGAGUGUGGGGAAAAGUUCACGCACAGCACAGCACUUACUACACAUCAGAGAAUCCACACAGAAGAGCAAUCCUAUGAAUGCUGUGAAUGUGGGGAAAAAUUCACUGAGUGCUCAGACCUUAUUACCCAUCAGAGAGUCCACAUAGGAGAGAGACCCUAUGAAUGCUGUGAGUGUGGAAAACGCUUCACUCACAGCUCAACCCUUACUACUCAUCAAAGAAUCCACAUGGGAGAGAGACCAUAUGAAUCCUGCGAGUGUGGAAAACGCUUCACUCACAGCUCAGCCCUUAUUAGGCAUCAGAAAGUCCACACACAUAAGAAACUCUAUGAAUGCUGUGAGUGUGGGAAAAAGUUCUCUCACAGCUCAGCCCUUACUACUCAUCAGAGAAUUCACACAGGAGAGAGACCCUAUGAAUGCUGUGAGUGUGGAAAACGCUUCACUCAAAGUUCAACCCUUACUACUCAUCAGAGAAUCCACACUGGAGAAAGACCCUAUGAAUGCUGUGAGUGUGGGAAACGCUUUAUUCACAGCUCAGCCCUUAUUAGGCAUCAGAGAACCCAUAUGGGUGAGGAACCCUAUGAAUGCUGUGAGUGUGGGAAAAAGUUCAAUGAACGCUCAGACCUUACUACUCAUCAGAGAGUUCACAUGGGAGAGAGACCUUAUGAAUGCUAUGAGUGUGGGAAAAAGUACACUAAGUGCUCAGCCCUUACUACUCAUCAGAGAGUCCACAUGGGAGAGACGCCCUAUGAAUGCUGUGAGUGUGGGAAAAAGUUCACUAAGUGCUCAUCCCUUACUGCUCAUCAGAGAAUCCACACGGGAGAGAAACCCUAUGAAUGCUGUGAGUGUGGAAAACGCUUCACUUACAGCUCAGCUCUUACUGCUCAUCAGAGAAUUCACACAGGAGAGAGACCCUAUGAAUGCUGUGAGUGUGGAAAACGCUUCACUCAUAGCUCAACUCUUACUAUUCAUCAGAGAAUUCACACAGGAGAGAAACCCUAUGUAUGCUGUGAGUGUGGAAAAAGCUUCACUAACAGCUCAACCCUUAUUAGGCAUCAGAGAAUCCACACAGGUGAGGCAACCCCAUUAAUGCUGUGAGUGUGGGCAAGAGUUCACUCAGCACUAAUACCUCAAUACUCAUUAGGGAAUCCACACAAGGGAGAGAUCCUAUGAAUGCCAUAAAGGUGGAAAAACUUUCACUCAGACGUCAGCCGUUACAUAUUAGAGAAUUUACAAGGGAGCUCAGCACAAUAAACACCUUUAGAGCUAUGAAAACGUAUUUUCUUUUGCUAAUUCUUCUGUAGUAAUCUUUACAACUGUUUGAACUAUUUGAACCAUGAUCCCUCAACUUGUCCAAGUAAUUUGGUCAUUUUUGCCUUUUGCAGUUUGCCCUGUUUUGGGGUAGACCUUCUUAUCUUUUCCAUCCACUCUGUUGUCCCAUGAGUAAUGGGAGUAGAUUCCUCCCUCUAGGAAAUUGGGAGCAUCACAUUUAUAUUGUUCUUCCUAUUGCAGUGUUGAUAGUCAACAAUCGUGGAAUCAUAAAAUACUAGAACUGGAAGGCACCUUGAGAGAUCAUUAGGUCCAGUCCCCUGCCCCCCAUGGCAGGACCAUGCACCGUUCGAUCAUUUCUAAGAGAUGUCAAUCCAAUCUGCUCUUAAAUAUCUUCACUGAUGGAGAUUCCACAACCUCCCUAGGCAAUUUAUUCCAAUGUUUAACACCCUGACAGUUAGGAAGUUUUUUCUAAUGUACAACCUAAUCCUCCCUUGCUGCAAUUUAAGCUGAUUGCUUCUUCUCCUUGAUGAUAUUGACCUCUGAUGAUAGGACAAUAAUUUUUCUCCCUCCUCCUUGUAACACGCUUUCAGAUAUUUGAAUCU